GAAGAGUCUCAAGAAAUCACCCUAUAUGCGAACCAGAUCGUCAAAGACCUCGCAGACCGAGCCAUUGCCAUCUGCAUGACCCCAGAUGUAGUGUCUCAGACGCGCGCUCACAAACUCCGCCCACCAUACGCCGUCUUGCACGAUGAGGCAGGCAAGACAUCCGAGAUGGGCACAGUAGCCGGCCUACUCUUCAGCCGCCCGUACGAGACUGGUGACGGCCCACUCAAGAUUCUGCCCGACUCA